GCAUCAUAAAGAUCGACCCCUAUAAAAGACCUCACAAGCAUAACGAUGCUUCCAUGUCUUGACCUUGAGUUCAGCUUCAAUAUUGUUAACACCAUGAUUCAAGAUCUUGCUCAUCAGAUAAUUUCAUGGUGGCUACAAGAUAUCAACGGUCCCAAAACAUCAUUAGCAUUUUCCUUUACCCUUUGUCUGAUCUCUUGGUGCACAUGGGUUCUGAUCAAGAGAUCGCGUAAUGGGUCACCUCCUCUACCACCUGGCCCACGAGGUCUACCGUUGAUUGGCAGCCUCCCAUUUCUGGAGUCCGAUCUACACCGUUACUUUCUCAAAUUAGCCCAGACCUAUGGCCCGAUUAUAAAGGUACGGCUAGGCAGCAAGCUAUGUAUCAUAUUGAGCUCAUCAAGCAUAGCUAAAGAGGCUCUCAAGGACCACGACACCAUCUUCGCCAACCACUACGUCCCCAUAGCAAUGUCAGAGCUUACGUACGGUGGGAUUGAAAUCGUGUUUAGUCCCUACGGCCCAAAUUGGCGGACGAUGCGCAAGGUGUGCGCACGAGAGAUGAUGAGCUCUAAGGUGCUUGACUCGUACUAUGGCUUACGUAGACUCGAGGUACGCCAGAUGGUGCGUGAUGUGCGUACUCUAGCAGGCACUACAGUUAAUAUAGGCGAGCUAGCGUUUCAACUAGCGCUGAAUGUGGUGAUGAACAUGAUUUGGGGUGGUACGCUUGAUGGGGAGGGUAGGCGUAAGGUGGGUCUUGAGUUUCAACGAGUUAUCAAUGAGGCUGUCGAGUUAGUGAGUGAGCCCAACCUCUCUGAUUUUUUUCCUAUAUUAUCGAGGUUUGAUGUACAAGGAGUGGUGGGCCGUAUGAAGAAGCUCACAUCAUGGAUGGAUAAGAUCUUCGAAUCGGUUAUAGAUCAACGGUUGAAAAUGGAUAGAGAGGGAGGGAAGGAAAGCAAGGACUUUUUGCAGUUGCUUUUACAGCUUAAGGAGGAAGGAGACACUAAAACGCCCUUGACUCUGACCAACAUCAAGGCCAUUUUUGUGGACCUGGUGAUAGCUGGUACAGACACCACAUCGACUACAAUAGAGUGGGCCAUGGCUGAGAUGCUGCAGAAUCCAGAGAUAAUGAGAAAAGUUCAAGAGGAAUUAGAACAAGUGGUAGGAAUGGACCAAAUGGUAGAAGAGUCACAUGUACCAAAGCUCCCCUAUUUGGACGCAGUCAUUAAGGAAGCCCUACGUUUACACCCUCCACUUGUGUUCUUGGUCCCUCGGUAUCCAAGCCAAACAUGCACUAUUAGUGGUUAUACAGUCCCAAAAGGCACCCAAAUCAUAAUUAACGCAUGGGCUAUACAUAGGGACCCUGAAGCUUGGGACAACCCCCUGGAGUUUUGUCCGGAGAGGUUCUAUAAUUCCACGAGCAAAUGGGAUUACAAUGGCAAUGAUUUCCGUUACCUUCCCUUUGGUUCAGGAAGGAGGAUUUGUGUAGGACUUCCCCUGGCGGAGAGGAUGCUAACUUAUGAGUUAGCUUCUCUUUUGCACUCAUUCGAUUGGAGAUUGCCAGACGAUGCGAAGCUUGAUCUUUCGGAGAAGUUUGCUCUUAUUCUGAAGAAAGCGACACCGCUUAUCGCUAUUCCCACACCAAGAUUGGCAAAUCCAGAGCUCUACUCUUGAAAUAAGUCCAGUUUGGAUUAUGUAAUUAUAUUAUUUUCCAUGUAAGUAUUGUUCACCUUAUAUUGUACUUUACUUAUGCUAAGGUAGUAAACAAUGGGCAUUCUAAGAA